CACGCACGAAACUACUCGUACGCAUUUUCAAUUGCCGCGGCAUAGGUGUGAGCGGGACAACCGGUUGUUUGGCAUGCGUACUUUGCUCUGCCAGGGCAUAAACGAGUACAGCUUCGAUACACGUCGUUUGGCAAAAAGCGUAUCAGCCAGCGAUGAAAAAAAAUAAAUGAGGAAAAAAUUGUGCGAAGUGAGAACAUUGAGACGAAGUCCAUGCCAUUGUGUAAGACGAAAAAAAUUAACAAUUGUGUGUACAUCGUGCAAAACGGUUAGAUUCGAGUUGUCGUCGAAUCGGAACGUACCUUCAACGGAAGAUCCGGUAGAAAAUUGAAAGGGAAAAGCGAAUCAGGAAUCGGCGUGCGAGCCCCUUGGCUACCAUUGGAGCUCCACUCGGGACGUGUGGAACCGAUGCGAAUGCAUCACCAUCACCAGGAAAAGCAGCAGGAGCAGGAGAAACAGAACUGGCCAACGGCAUCGAAACUACUAUGGCACCAGCGCUCACAGCCGAGCCAUUAAGUACCAAGGAGAAGCUAACCAGCGCAGCAUCGCCUUCGGUGGUGGUGAAGAAACCAGCGACACCAACGCCGGCAACGGCCACAACGCGUGUGACGCGUUCCUCCAAGGAGGCGGCCGCCUCAGCAGCAGCGGCAGCUGCCAAAGCUGCGGCUGUAGUCAUCCCGCAACGCGUUCCAUCGAGCAGAAUCAGCAACAACAAGCGUAAAUUAAGCGUCGGCAACAACAGCAGCAGCAACAAGCAACAAAAUAAUGAUCCAAUGGGCCUAAGCACAGCUCCUACCCCACACACAACAACAACAACAACGACCACUGGAUCGGGGGUCGCAGAAGCCGAAGCCGAAGCAGCAACAGGAGGAGGCGUACCACCCAUCGUUGACGCCGCUGUGGCAUCAACCAGUGCUACGGGGCUCCUUGAAAGUCAAUCGCCUGCUCUCCCACAAAGCGAUACCGAAAGCACUGACGUGCCUUCUGUAACGCCUACCAUCGAGAACAACAACAACAACAACAAUAGUGGUCGUAGUCCAAGGAAGGACAAUUCCACGGUACAGCUGCUGGCAGGUCUGACCAGCAACUUUGAGGAGACGAUCUCGGCUGAGAUCUGUCUGCGCAAGACCCUACCCGAAGUGAGUCUCAGCAAGGAGCCAGCAGCACCAUCCGCUGUGGCAGAAACUGUAGUUGUAGCAGAAGUUGAAGCAGAGGUAGUAGUCGUAGGGGAAUCCACAACGGGUGAGCCACAAAUCGAUCUGCUUGAGCCGAUGGAAUUGGAGCAACCAGCGACGACGACGUCGGCGCCAUUAGAGGAGUUGCCAAAGAUCGCAACGGAUGAUAUAGAGGAGCGCCUCAGCCAGUUGGAUGGCAAUGCUAGUGCCAUUUUGCCUGCAGUGAAGGAGCAAGAGCCGGUGCAGGAGCAGGUGGAUGUGGAAAUGGUCGAUGUGGUGGAUGUGGUGGAAAUGGUGGUUCCAACAACUCCCACAACGCCCAGCCGGCAACAGGUGCAACAGGAUCCAAGAUCCGAGUCAUUGCCCGGUAGCCUGGCCUCGCCGCUGCCGGGCCAGAGGCAAUCCACAGCAUUGAAUGCAUCACAGUUGACGCCUCAAAGUACUUCCAGUUCCACAAAUUUUCUCAAAGAUGCAGGAGGCGGCGAGGGGCUGGAGGACACCGACAUCGAGGAGGUCCUCAAGGCGCUCAAAACCUUUGAGGGCAAUCACGUCAUCAAUUCGGACAUUAAUCCGGACAUGUGUGAUUUCAAUUUCUUCAACGAGGUGUGGGAGGAGCAGCCGUCAGCGACAGCUUCGGCCCCUCACCCAUCCGUAACUCCACAGUAUCAGAAUCCCAUUGGCGGCACCAUCGGCAGCAGCAGCAGCACCCCUCAUGUCCUACCAGCAGAAUCCAUGGCGGAGGGUCAAAAAUCAAUAGAGCAGCAGCAACAAAUUCUCACGCGAAAGAUCGACCAUCUGUUCCGGCGAAUGCGGAAGUUCCAGGCGCGCUAUAUGUGCAGUCACACCAGCGAGGAGGUGGCUGGGAUUAUGGAAUGGGCGGCACGCACCUCCCACAAGACCCCGAAUCCUGUGAGAAGUGAUACGCUCAGCGAGCAGGAGACCACCGUGCUGUCGAUCGUCUCCGGGCGACCGAAGCCCGACUUUUGGGAAGACCAAAAGAAGCAUCCCGUGCCAGCCACCCAGAUGGGCAGCCUCCUUCGUAGCAUCGAAACGGCUGCACGGCACCAGCAGAUCUGUCAUACGCCCAGCGGCAGUUCCGCCACAUUGGCCCCAUCCUCGACAUGGUACAACAGUGCCGGCAGCACUGCAGCAGUGCCUGCCAAGGUACGUCGUGGCAAGAACCUGCUGGAUACAUCAGCAGCCGCCACUUCAACAGCAGCAUCGUCGGCCGCGGCCAUCGAACAGAAAGCGCCCGGUUUGCAUGAGAUUAUACCCUGCUUUGACACACAUAUAACCAACGAGCUGACCCACGUCUCUGGGCUGCUGCACAAUGAGAUGCGGGAGAUACAGAACGCCCUCGAUUCGGAUGCAACAGAGUCCAGCUCUGGCGGCGAGUCUGCCGACGAGAUGGUCAUCUACAACAACACCCAUCAGAAGCCGCUGACGAUCGCCCGUCGAGCCGUGUGGACAUACUCCAAAGAUCGAGCCAAUAUUGCACUGCGCUGGUCCUGGCUCUGCUCACAGAUGGCCGAGUUGGAGGGCAGGAAACGCCAGUAUCGUGAUCUGUAUAUGGAUUUGAAUCACUCAAAGGGCGCCGUGGAGCUGGAGCAGAUGCAGGUGCAGCAGCCGGCGAAUGGCUACAAGGAGGAGCCAUCCAGCGAAUAUCAAUGCUGCCGCGCCCGACCCCUGAUGCUGUCCAAGUUUCGGAAACGCAGUCUGUUCCAAACCACGGGCAUUCACACGAUUUCCAAGAAGGCCGCUCGCCCCAGCAACAUCAAAUGCGGCUGCCAGUGGCCACAGAUACCGUGUGCCCUGUGCACGGGCCGACCAGAUCCGACAGCGCCGCGCGAAUUGGCCGAAAUGAUGAUGCCGGCAAAUCGAGUGGCGCUCCUCGAUCCGGGCUAUCAUCCAGUGCUCAGCUUUGACACGGAUGUCACACAAUCUGUGCAUUUUGAGGCCAUUUGCCGGCAAUCGGACUGGCAGCAACGUAUGUCGCGCUGCCAGGCCAAGACCGUUGUCAAAGGUGUCUAUAAGGCGGAACGCGAGGCCAUUGCUGCCAGCAAUAGUGCUGCUCGUCGUCCCGGCGACCUGAUCAAGCGUCGCUACAUACGACGCAAAGAGCGCAACAACAAUAAUAAUAAUUCAAACUCAAAUAAAGAUGCAGCGGCAGCCGGCACGGCAGCGACGGGUCUAGGGGACAGCGGAAACGGUACAGCAACUUCUACUUCUUCUACGCCUUCUACAACGCCACUUGUGGCCAACAGUAAAUUAUUCAGCUGCGAGCAGGAAGCAGCAGCAGGCGCAUCAGCCACCAACUGGAGUGAACGGCUCCAGAUUGCCGUGGCCCGACUCUCGCCAACGCCAACGACAGCGCCUCCACAGUCCCUCCUCAGCAUCUCAGAUCUCGAACAGCGACGCUAAGCGGCGACGCAUAUCCAAAAACAACAGAAACAGCAGCAACAGCAACAGCAAUUCCAACACACUAAA